AUUAAAGUGUUGCUCAGCUGAACUUGAGAACACGGACAUGUCUGCUAUAACUGCGUCACUCGGCUCCACUUUGCUGUUUGUCGGCUUCUUCGUGUUUGUCUCUGCAGAGUCAAAAAUCAUCACAGCCGAGUCUGGACAGGACAUCACUCUGACAUGUCGAGCUCCAAACAACAACAUCAUAGUUGUAAAGUGGAGCAGAGCUGACCUGAGAGAUAAAUAUGUGUUUGUGUUCCGGGAUGGGCGUUUUGAACCAGAUGACCAGCAUCCAUCUUUUAAGAACCGGGUGGAUCUGCAGGACAGACAGAUGAAGGAUGGAGACGUGUCUUUGAUUCUGAAGGAUGUGACGAUUAAUGAUGCUGGAACAUACGAGUGUGGUGUCGUCCAGAUAGGAACAAAGCAUUUGAAUGUCAUCAACACCAUCCACCUUCAUGUUGUUCCUCCAGGUCAGACAAGAGGACAAGAGAAGGAUGAAGACGACAAAGAUGGAGGGAAGACGAAUGGAGUAAAGAAGGAGGAUUUACCUGUUGUUACAGAGGCGGUGUCCGGGCGCGUGCUGUACAACAACAACAACAACAACAUCGGCAACAAUGGCAACAAGGUGCCAACGAGAAAGAAGAAGACGAAGAAGACAAUGUCACGCACUAGACCGUGGGAGCCAAAGAGCACUAAGGUCGGUACAGGCGGAUCGCAAUCGCCGGCGGUGUCAUCGUCGUCCUCCUCCUUCUCCCGCUCACCAUCACCAUCGCCGUUGCAAUCGCCAUCAUCAUCACCAUCACCAGCGCGUUUGGCGUACGUGGGGUGGGCUACGGUCGCUCCGUUGUUGCAACCGGCCACGUUUCGCUAUCGAGGGCUAGGGGUCGAGGAAGACCAAGAGCAGCAGCGGCAGCAGCGGCAGCAAAAACAAGAGGAGAACUCUGAGGAGGACUCUGAGGAGGAGGAGGAAAGAGAAGAAGAAGAAGAGGAAGAGGCCGAGGAGGAUAACGACUCGACAGCCCGAACGCUCGCAGAGGAGCAGCGCUGCUGGGAGGAGCAGGAGGGCGAAGACGACGAGGUAGCGGACCAUGGUUUACCGGGCGAUGCACGCGGACUACGCGAUCACGGCCAAGAAAUUCGGUUGCAAUUAUGGCAGGCUGAUGGCUCGCAAGGCGAGCCGAAAGGCAGAGAAGGAGACGAACACACAGAAGAAGAAGAAGAAGAAGAAGAAGAACAAGAAGACGUCAACUGCGGGCGGGGGGGGUUCGGAGCUUUGGCGGGAGGACGCCGGCCGUGCUUCAGGUGGCGUUGA